GGGCGAGUCCAUUCCAGGACCAAUCAUUUCUCGUGCACAGAAAGGCGGGAGGUUUGUCAUUUUAAGACAAAACAUAGAUGUGACAGGUUGUAAACAAAGCCUCACCGAGGAAGAAAUUCUACAGUGUACAGAAGGGAACAAAGUUUUUACCAAUGGCGCACAUAGUAGCUAGCCGGAAUAAUAUUCUGCGACAAAAUGCAAGUAAAAAGGCAAAUGAUGAGAAAAUGGUGGCACGGAAAACAUCUGAGCUCACCACUACAAGCAUGGCAAACUUCAAAUAUGCCAAAUCGGAAGGCUUAUCAGACAACACAAACCUGUCCAGUAACCAUGGUGGUGGCUACAUCAGCAAGAUCAGGCUGAACUCAGUCAGUGGCAAGCCCAAAGAGGUCAAGAAAGUCCCGCUGGUCAGAACACACAGCAAGGUUUUCUUCAAGCCCGGUGGUCGCCGUACUUCUACCAGUGAGAGGAAGCCUUUCUCAGUGGCCCCUCCAGACCAAGCAGUCCCUACUGACCAUGUCUUGUCUCCAAUGGAUGUGGACUCACCAAUGGUGAUGAUACGCAACAAGCAGAAGAAGCCAAGCUGUAUCGUGGACAUUGAUGCCAUGUGUGACCCGCUGAACUGCUCAGAGUAUGCACAGGACAUCAUAGACUACCUGCAGGCUGUAGAGAGACGGUUCUCCUUCCCCACCAACUUCCUGUCAGACAAGAAGAGUGAAGUGUCCCCCCAGAUGAGAAGUGUCCUCAUGGACUGGCUUAUCCAGGUCCAGGUCCACCAAGAGCUGUCUCAGUAUACGCUGCACCUGUGUGCCAACCUGAUAGACAAGUUCCUGGCCCACACCAAGAUCCAGCUCAACGUUCUACAGCUGCUGGGCAUCACCUGUCUGCUGCUAGCCGCCAAGUUCCAUGAGAGGUUCCCACCAGAGAUCACAGACCUUUGCAGACUGACGGACGACACCUACAAGCCAGAUCAGGUACUCAAGAUGGAGCGCUACGUUCUCAAGAAACUUGAGUUUAAUCUCAAUCUCCCCGGGCCCAUCGUGUUCUUGGACAGGUUCCUCAUGGUGAAUGCCUGUGACAAAAACGAUUUGAUCAAGAGCAUGGCAGUAUACCUGCUGGACCUGCUGCUGAUAGAGAUCUCGUACGUCCACUUCUUCCCGUCGGUGCUAGCGGCCAGCUGCCUAUACGUGGCCCGAGAAGUGCUGGGGGUCAGCGGUGAGGAGGUGUGGGACAGGAACUUCAUGCACUACACCAAGUACUCUGUGAAGGACAUGGAGGCAUGCAUCUCUAUGGUGCAGCGCGCACUGAACAAGCAGUCCCGCUCCAGGUUCCAGGGUGCCAAGAACAAGUAUGCCCACCAUGUUUACCAUGGGAUCAGUAAGCACAGGUCUGUACUGCGGUGUGUUGAUCUGUGGCCAGAAGAGAGUGAUGAAGUCUUUGGGAAGACAGAGUCCCCAGAACCCUUGGAAACCAUUGUUUGAUGAUGUAACUGGUUGAGUGAUGUCACAGGUUGAUGAGUGAUCACAUCCCUUGGAAAAUUCCGAAACUAUUGUUUGAUGAUGUCACCGGAUGUGUGAUGACCUCACUAGGUGUGUUAUGAUAUCACUGGAUAUUAUGUCAGUAGAUGUGUGAGUUUUGAUGGUGUAUUUUUGCUUGUACUUCUGUUUUGAACCAUGGUCAGGUGUUUUUUAAAAUCAUCAUUUGUUCAUGUUAUUUGAUGUGCUAUAUGUGGGUUGAUGUCAUCAAUUGACAUUUGAACAUAUUUCUUGAAUUUAAGAAAGUCACUUAUUGGGUGAUGACAUAAGUGGAACAUGGGUGCCUUUUGAUUGGACAUUGGUUUGGCCUUGCUGAACGACUUGGGAAUGAUGGUUGUUACUUGUAAACUGCUUAUUAGGUACAUGCAUUACUAAACAUGGUAAUUCUGAAUGAUUGUUCUCACAAAUUUCUUGGAAAUCUUUAUGGUAAUUCUGCAUGAUUGUUUUCACAAAAUUUUAUGUCUUGGAAAUUUUUGUUUUUUAACAUGUGACAAUUAAAAAAAGUAAUGUAAGCUUGCACUUUCACUGAAGACUUACCAUCUUGGAAGUGCUCUUAAAAACAAAACAGGACUGUCUGUCUGCUGUAAGCUUUCUACUUGCACUUUUUAUGAAAACAAAAAUAUUGAGAUAUGCAUGGAUGGCAUUCUAUGGACAGACUUUCCUAUUGCUGCAGAACAUGGGUGUUUGCUGUGUGCCAUUGAUGGUUAUGCCAGGCUUUAUUUAAUUUUUUUUUUUUUUUUUUUUUAAGCAGAUCUUUUCCAGCUGUUUUGCUCUUUCUUAUGGAAGAAUACUUGCCAAAAGUCAUUUAAGUUUUUUUUCUUUUCUAGAUUAUUAGCUUGAUGUGUCUGCCUGUGGUAAUUCCCCAGCAGUAUGUCCCUUUUUUGCUGUAAGUUCAGGAUAAGAAUGAAUAGGUGGUGUUGGUUCUUUUGUGGGUUUAUGCAAUUGUUUGAAGAGAUGUAUACUGACUCAGUUUAUAAAUAUGCACAGAUCUUGAGGAUAUUAGAUAUUAUUUUAAGUACCUACUUUAUACACUGUAUACAACUUGUUGUAAAUAGUUCUGUUUACAGAUAGAGGCAUGUUAAUGAAUUAAUAAAUUUGUAAUAAGUAUGAAUUGCACAUUGUUAAAUGUUGACAUUGUAAGAAUUUGUAAUUAAUUGUACAAAUAUUGUUCUAUUUAUUAACUACAUGUUUAUGUAUCCUCUAUACCACAGUCUUUCAUGUGUGUAUUAUUGUGUUUGUGUGUCUUGUAUAAUUGUGUUAUUUUGUGCCUAUGGUUGGCAGUUGUCAAGUGUUCAAUUGUAAAUGAUUGUGUUGCUGUCUAAAUUACAAAGUUAACUUCGUAUCUUCAUGAGAAAUGUCUUUAACUCCACCUUAGUGAUGCAGGAUUUGACAAGACUGUUAUGGCUUAAAUACGGUACUUUAUUUGAGUUAUUUCGAAUGAGCCAUUAUUAUUAUAUUCACAGUUUAUUGAAUCAUCUGUACAAUAAUUUGUCCAGUAUGUUUACAAGUAUUUUAGUUGGUGUUUAUUUAAUUAAAGUGAAUGUUUAACGUGCUAUAGUGCUACUAAGAUCAAUUGGCAAUGGGCGUCACAUAUGUAUUUGAAUAUGUGAGCGGAGUGAUUUGAUUUAUUGUCAGUUUCGUCUUUUUGACGAACAUUUUGUAUUUCUGGUGUUCUUUAUUUUGAUGUGCUGGUCAUACUUUUGUACAAUUUCUUUGUGUCAGUGCUAUAUAGUGCUAUAUUUUUGUAUUGCGUGAUGGUAUUUACAACAUGUUUCUACUUAUAUGCAUUAAUUUAUUUGCCAAUAGUUCCGUUUUGUGCUAUUUUCUAAUGUAAUUGUUUGAAAUAAACGAGUUUUCAAUAA